GGGUUUUUUACGAGCAUGGUCCACUUGGUCGUGCAUCUUGUGCGCGAGUGUAGACUCGGCGGACCCGUGCAGUAUAGAUGGAUGUACCCGGCGGAGAGGAGUCUGGGGCAUUUCAAGUCUACUGUGCGCAAUAAAGCGGCUCCUGAGGGGUGCAUUGCGGAGGGGUACAUAGCGACCGAGCUGGUAACGUUCUGUUCAAGGUAUCUGAAUAACGCACCAACAUUCCACAACAGACCUCAGAGGAAUCCUGAUGGAUCCAAGGGGGCGGGCACGCGUGUUACCCUGAACCGGUUGAUAAUGCACCAGAUUCAUCGUUAUAUUGUGUUCAACUCUGAAGAGUUUCACAAUUUGCGGACGAUGCACAAAGACGCGCUUAGGCGAUCAUGCACUAGAGGUCGCAUUACGGAGGCUCUUAUUGAAGCAGAACAUCAUGAGCAGUUCUGCGAAUGGUACCCUGCAUAUGUAAGGAAAUAGUUGUAAUUUUUAAGUUGGAUAAAGUUAUGCGGGUUCAAUAUAAUUACCCAAUACACGUGUUUAAUAUUU